UGGCUUCACAGGCCAGGUGGAUGUCUAGAACCACACCCAGGGCCGAGCCGUGUUCUAUUAUCCAAAAUCUUUAUAUAAACUUCCUUCACAAACCUACAAUAUCAACAGAAUCCGAGAUGUGAACGACCGACAGUCAGUGACGAGAUUUCAGCCAAGAAUAUGAACACAGCCUACGAAAUCUGCUUUGCUGCGAAUUCAGCAGUUGGGCUGUUGGAAGUCGACAAUCACGAAUGGGAAGAAGGAGAAGUAGUGACUGCGCUAUUGGACCGGUUAUACUUGGGUUGGCCUAUCGAGUCAGCUGACAGGGCAGUUUUUCUUGAUGUCCGCGGUAAAUCAGAACUAUGGGCGGUCGAAUGCAAAAUAGUUUCGAAUACAUACGGAGACGAAAAAGUCGUCAACAUCGAAAAACGCGUUUCGAUCCGCGUAAAUGCCAUCAACCUAAUGCAAAGGCUUCCAGAUCAUAAGUGGUUUCAGCAAAAGCAGUUCAGCUAUGUUCAUAUAGCCAACAGCGCGAGACUUAGAAAGAAUCGACGACGUCUGAUCGAGAGAGCUUUCAGAUCCCUUAAACCCGACGGCUGUCUGGACAUACAUGACUUCGACCGCAAGCCUCGAUGCGACGACGACACGUGCCAAAAAGACGAUGUCGCGCGACGCCUUUUCGAGGCUAACAUGGACGCAGUCAUCCACCCGCUCCACGAUGUUCCUCAACACUUUGAAACAACGGAUCGCAUCGAGAUCAUCUCUCCGAAAGUACUCGUACACCGUGCACCAACCAGUUCGUGGUGUCUAGACGGUCAGGCAGACCGUCUGAUCCGGAUGACAGAGCGGGACAUUACAAGAGGCUUGGAGCGAUGGUGUCAGGAUAACAUGGACGUUCGACUCAGUCAGGAGAUGACCAUGGAGUGCGUCAUGGCGAAAGCAAGCUUCAGGGACCAGAAGAAGCACUUUUACUUUGAAUACUACAGCGUUCGAUGCGAGAAAAAGGCCACAACAAGCAGUACAAGUAGGAAGAGGAACCACUAUCCGUUUGGGAGAUUCAAAACCAACGCAGGAUCGCGUGUAAGAAGAAGCAGACGGCCCAGAUCCCUUCGAUCCCUUCGCUUCCUGUUAAAGAAUCCGAAGCUAUGAGGAGACCAAGGGGCAGUUAACGGGAGCUUCAUACCCGAAAUCAAAUUGUAGAGUACCUUUGACACGACGGAGAAUGGAAAUGGAUCCAACAUCAGACAUUUAGGCGACCAUAGACUUCAAUAUGCUGCUAUCAU